UGUUUUAUUUUGUAUUUGUACUCACUCUCUUGGCAAUUUUACCUUUACAUCUUGUUUUUUUAUAUAUAUAAAUAAAAACCAAAUCAUUAUAAUCAAAUGUAAUUCAGUGAGGAACUCAGUGUAUCUGACCUUAUUUUAUUACUCAAUUAUUGAGAGUUAGAUAAAUAAAUUAGUAUAAUAAGAGUUGGUCUAGAGACAAGUUACAGUAAUAAUACAAUACUAUGGUGAUGGAGAAUGAGGAAGUGUCUUCAGCUCCUUCCACACCUGCCACACCAGGAACCCCAGGUGCUCCUCUGUUCGGGGGCAACGGGUUCAGGCAAGAUAAAGGUGGGAAUGCAGGUAGGAAAUCUUUUCUUAACAGCUGCACCAAAUGUUUUAGCCUUGAUGAUUGGGCUAUGGAGGAAGGAACAGUUUUGCACAAGGUUUCUUCUUCUUUGUCACCUCCUCCUGUCUCUCUUGCCAGAAGGGUGGGAGCUGAGUUCAUGGGAACUCUGAUACUGAUCUUUACUGGAACAGCCACAGCUAUAGUGAACGAAAAGACACCUGGCUCGGUGACCCUUCUGGGCCUUGCUGCCUCCAAUGGCCUUGCUGUUAUGAUUGUCAUUUUGUCGACUGGCCACAUCUCAGGAGCUCAUCUCAACCCUGCAAUCACCAUAGCUUUUGCUGCUCUAAAGCACUUUCCAUGGAAAUAUGUGCCAGUCUAUAUUGGAGCACAAAUUGUGGCAUCUUUGUGUGCUUCAUUUGCUCUCAAGUGGAUUUUCCACCCGAUAAUGGGCGGAGGUGUCACUGUUCCUUCUGGGAAUCAUGGUCAAGCUUUUGCUUUGGAGUUUGUCAUUAGCUUCUUCCUUAUGUUUAUUGUUACUGGUGUGGCCACUGAUACCAGAGCUGUGGGAGAGCUGGCAGGAAUCGCGGUGGGAGCAACUGUUAUGCUCAACAUUCUUGUUGCAGGGGAAAUAACAGGAGCUUCAAUGAACCCUGUGAGGACCUUAGGGCCAGCAAUAGCUGCAAACAACUACGAAGCCAUAUGGGUGUACCUCACAGCUCCUAUUCUUGGAGCACUUUGCGGUGCAGGAGUCUAUUCUGCUGUCAAGCUGCCAGAGGAAAAUCGCGAUGAUAAUGACAAGCCUUCAACAAGGAGGAGCUUCAGAAGGUGACAGGUUCACUGUCAUUAGAUAUAUAAGAAUAAUUCAGGUUCAGAAAGGAACUCAACUCUAGUAUGAGCUCUAGUACAGAUAGAAGUCCAUCUGGGUACAUAGAUAUAAUUUAUAAACUAAAACCAGCAAUGUGCAUCAUUGACAAUCAAGUCAGAAAUUCCACUCUCUCCUAGUCCAAGCUGACCUUCUUACAGCAAUGUAGCCUUUCUAUAAUAAAAUUGGAAUAAUAAGAAGCUUAUAAUAUGAGGCCUAAUUUCACAA